AUGUCCUCUUCUUCGCCGUCUUCGCAGAACCCGCCACCGACAGAUGCGCCAAGUUCUAAUGGCAAUUCAGAAAAACCUCACGAGAAUGAAGGUGCUGGAGAGCCUGAAAAGGCAAAAAAGCCUAGUUUGAAAGAAAGGGCCGCGAAACUAUGGUCAAAAACUAUGCUGGACGUGACGACGAUGAAAAUGAUGGCAAAGGGCGCUCUUGCGCCGACCAUCUGUUUGGCCGCAUAUGAGGCUACUGACUUUGCUGAUAUUUUUACCACCCUGGGAUACCUCGUUGCUAUUAUGUCGAUAUUGAGUUUUCCAAUUAUGCCCAGAGCCAAGUUUCUACAAACCUGGUUCUUGAAUAUGCUGUCUGUCGCUUUCGCCGCAUGUAUUGCACUUCUAGCUAUAUAUUGUACCGUCCAGGCUAGACUUCACACCGAGACGACUACACGUACAGGAGGGUCUGGCACAGCGGGAACACCUGCCCCGGGUGCACCCACAUCCACUUACAACUCUUCAGCUGCAGCGGUCAGUGGUAUUUGGCUAUUCUUCGAGAUCUGGAUCAUCAAUACCAUGCGAGCGAAGAUGCCUCAGCUCAAGAUUCCAUGCGUCUCCGCAAUCAUCUUUGCAAAUGUAAGCAUGGUAUAUGCUCCUCAAUUUGCAACCAUGGCAGCAGGAUUGUCUUUCGUCAAACGACUCCUCGAAGCGUUCUUUACAGGAUUCGCCAUUGGAGGAGCCGUUGCUCUGUUCGUCUUCCCAGUAACUAUGCGAGCAGUUGUCUUCAAGGAGUUUACAGGAUACAUCAUGCUGUUACGCAAGAUGACCAAAGUUAACCUCGCGUAUCUCCACAGUCUUGAGGAAGGAGAUAUGUUUUUCGGAAGGAGCGACACCAACAUUCCAGAGAAGCCGAAACGAACCUCAGAAGCCCAAGCUAUCAAGGAUACGCUUGCAGGACUCUCUGCUUUGCACGGAAAACUUUCUCUUGAUUUAACCUUCGCAAAAAGGGAGAUCGCAAUUGGACGACUUGGUCCUGACGACCUCCAAGAUAUUUUCAAACGAUUGCGAGGAAUGAUGCUUCCCAUCAUUGGCUUAAGCAGUGUGAUUGAUGUGUUCGAAAGAAUUGCCGAGGACAGGAAUUGGAACCAUCCUGCCCCAAACAAACCGCUCGAAGAACUCGACGACCCCAACGAGAGGAGCCGAAUGGAGGCUGUCGCAGAUUGGCAUGCUAUCUUCAAGACGAUGCGUGAACCAUUUGCCCGAAUUGUCGGCGAUAUCGAUGAAGGUUUCGAGCACGUACUGAUCACCUUGCAACUCAUCAAGCCGCCGAAAAGAGAGGCAGAUUCUGAGUCUGGAGGUGAUCGGCCCCACCCUGGAGAAAAGGACUUCCAGAAUUACCACUUCAAACGAGUCAACGCAUAUCACAGCGAAAAGAGUAAACUUCUGAGACGCUGGUGUGAGCUGAGAGGCUUCUCACUGCCUGAAAACUUCUUCGAGAACGCACAGGACGCCGAAUUCACCGCGCCUGAUUGGUACCACAGUGUCAAGAACAACGAUGAGCGCCAGAAGUACAGAGCUCGACUCUUCAUCGUUCUGUACGUGGAUUACCUGUUGGACUCGAUAGCUAUGACUGUUCAUGAUUUCGUCAAGUACGCUGAUGCAAAAGUCGAAAGUGGUAAGCUGAGCCGCAAGAGGCUCAUAGUACCUGGCAUCAAGCGCUUGAGAAAAUGGAUCAAGUCAAUUUGGAGCCAAAAGCAAGAUGCUUACACAGACGAACAUCAUGGCAUGGACCAAGGUGGAGACCAGCCUUCGAACGUAUACCUCGGCGACGCUUACAGCAAGCGUAAAGACCCGGAGCACCUGCCUCCCAGUAACGCUUGGGAGAAGUUCGGCGAUCGAGUCCGUGCCAUCCCUCAUUUCCUUCGCUCGCCAGCAUCCUCGUUCGGAUUCAGGGCCGCUUGUGCCACCAUGUGUCUUGCCAUCAUCGCUUACUUGCACGAUACUCAAACCUUUUACGUUAGACAGCGAUUGUUCUGGGCUCAGAUCAUGGUAGGUUUGGCCAUGUCUCCUUCUGCUGGAGAUAGUAUGUUCAGUUUUAUGCUCCGCAUUGUUGGCACUUUCUCCGCCAUGGUGGCGAGCUUCAUUAUCUGGUACAUCGUCGACGGACAAACUGCUGGAGUAAUUGUCUUCUUCUGGUUCUUUUCCUCAUGGGGCUUCUUCAUUGUCCUGAAAUUUCCUCGCUUCAUUCCUGUUGGGUUAAUCUUUUCUGUAACGUGCAGUCUGAUCAUCGGAUAUGAGUUGCAAGUCAGAAAGAUUGGCGUGGAGGUUGCGACCACGAAUGGCCAGGCAUACUACCCUAUCUAUGAGCUGGCUCCUUAUCGUCUUGCUACUGUCAGUGCAGGUAUUUUCGUGGCCUGGGUGUGGACCAUCUUCCCUUAUCCCAUUUCAGAACACUCGGAGCUUCGCAGAGACCUUGGUUCGUCUUUAUACCUGCUUGCCAACUACUAUUCAGUCGUAGUCGAGACUGUCAAAUUGCGAGUCAGAGGCGACUUCCAAGAGUUGAAUGCUUUCGACGAAGGACAUAAUCCAGCUAAGAAGCUCGAAAAGAUCCGACAGACCGUGUUCUCCAAGUCUGUACUUUUGAUACAAGGUCUACGUACACAUUCAGGCUUCCUCCAGUACGAAGUGCCAAUUGGUGGCCGGUUCCCUCGCCAAAACUACGACAGAAUCAUUAAUCGCAUCCAAGAUAUCGUCAACUUUGCCUCUUUGCUCAGCUAUGCAUCUCAGACCUUCUCUGACAUGCGCAAUCCAGGCAAAGAUGGCUCGGAGUCACAGUGGCUGAACGACUUCCGCCGCUUGAUGAAGGAAGCGGAUAUGACCAGCAAAGAGUUCACAACGCUGCUUUCGCUUCUCUCGGCUUCAGUGGCUAGCGGACAACCUCUACCACCGUACCUUCAACCUCCUGAACCAUAUCGUUUGAGCGCCAAGCUGGAGAGUCUAGACUCCAAGAUUCUUUCCGUAAGACACAUGGCCGAACCUGGCUUUGCGGCCUUUGCAGUCAUGCAGAUCUCGACAAAGUGUAUCGGAGACGAUAUCAAGGCGUUGUUGGCUGACAUCAAGGAGUUGGUCGGCGAGCUUGACUUCUCGUUCCAUGUUGUUAGUACGCAAGAUUCCGCGAGUAGUUCGCAGACAUCGCAAGACACGUUGAUCAGGGAGGAAAGUCAGAAUCGACGAAAGGCUGAUUAA